ACUACGGUAAUAUGUAUCCGGCAACAAGCCGCCAGUUCAGGCAGUGACAGGUGUAAACAGAUUUGUAGUUGGUCAAGUUGAUCGAAGCGCAGACAUGAAUUCAUUGAUUGAGAGUGGAAUUUGCAACGCGUAGUGUCUGUGGAAUUCUUUACAAUUUGACUAAUCCUAACGGAUAACCGUUGUCACAGCUGCAAGAAACUCUUCUGCUGCAGCAGUUGCCGUGAGUUACAUGAACAGAAGAAGCACCCAAGGCCCAAAACGGACGCGAAUUGCUGUCUGUGUUUGUCGAAAAAAUUACGACUCGAAAAAUUCGAGGAUGCAAAGUUUCUUUGCCACUUGGUUAUCCGCCAUUUGCCGUUGAUGUGCGUCUUAUGCGGUCAGGUAUACCGCAGCAGUUCGGAUUUACAAAGUUUUAAAAGAUGUGAGUUUUGGCAGCAGCAAAAAAAUGGCAACUCCUUACCUCCGGAACAGGUGAAAAAACUUUCUGCACAAGUUACGCCAUCGCCCAUCACCAAAACUCUGUCGUGUCCAGCAUAUUGUCGAAAAGAAUCGCCCUCUGUCGAUUCAGAAUUUCACAGCUUGCAGAGUUUCGCCUUUCCCCAGGAAUUAAUGCGAAACACCAGUACUCCUAUGCACGGCAGUGUCGCUGAUCAGAGAUCGGUGUUUCAUUUCAACAAUAAGACGUCCAAGUUUCCAUCGUUUUUUCUUAAAACCCCAAAAACCCCAAUGGUCGAGGAAAACCCAUCGCCGACGCUCUAUUACUCAGCAACCAGCCAACUGCUCACUUCAAAGGAUAUCAACACUGACAGUUGCGCUUCAGCGAUUGCAGCCGGCAGUAUUUCUUCCAGCUCAAAAUCAUUUGAUAGUGUUCGCACACCCUCGAGAUCUACCGCGAUUGCAAACCGCAUGUCAGAGGGUUGUUCUGGGUAUUCGAGAGAAUUUUUCAAAACGAAUUCCAGCCGGGCUUUGGAAGUAAUGGAGGAACAGGAAGAGCAAACUUCCAUCUGCAUGGAUUUAACCGAAGCGCAAGAUAAUCUCCAAAAAUUGUUUGAUGCCCCAAAGGAUACGGAUUCACCAACCGCGCCGAAAGAUUUUGCCAAGAAAGUUGUGCGGUUCUCUGAUCAGCACCAGAUCAUGGCCGACAGUACGGCUGACCCAGUCUCAGAUAAUGAAGAAUUUUAUGAAGCUCCCGAGAUUCUCGGGGAGAAAUCGGCCUGCAGUGUUCAAAACGACUCGGAAGCUCGGAUCGUGCAACAGAACGAGGACAACUCGGACAAGGAGAAUGUUGAGAAUCGAGAGGAUUCGGAGUCUUUCAAAACUCCCUUAUCAACCCCAUCGGCAACCUCAUCAAGAGUCGUAAUGAUGGUUGUUGUUGAAAAUGGGUUUGAAAUAUCAACGUCUAAACUCAUGCCGCUUAUCAAUUCCAGCCUGGAAAAACUUGAUCAGAGCAAGUCUUUGACUAAGAAUAUGACUUCUUCGUUGCCCAACGUUUCUAGUCACAUUCAACACCCCUCCAGUAGCUUAGUUCGAUCGAUUUCAUCAAUUGAUAGCUACACAGCUUCAUCCACUGAUUAUUAUUACGAAACGCCAAACACAUCUUCAAUGACACCCGUCGAACCUCAGAAAAAUACUUCGGAGUCGUUGACUCAUGUUGGUGGGAUUUUUUCAGCAGUGGCUCAAGUCAUGAGAAACGCCUUUAGAGGACUUCCGGGUACGGGUCCAUCGAAAGGUUCUCCAACCAGGGUGUCAGAGACGCUAAGCGAGAGUAGAGGGCUGAAUUCUACAGGAUUACGAACAAGUCCUUCGAGGUUUUCGACAAUGGCAACAUCGUUGUUGCGCCGUCCCGGUAAGCGUUCAAGAGAUUCAAUAAACGACGCAGUAUCACCUUACCGUCGAGAGCUGCGCAGCCCUCGAAACGAGACGGGAUACAGUCCGGUUGCAAAGCGACCCAGAAGUUGGCACAGAAUUAGGGGUCGUGACCCAAUAGCCAGAAUGCGCAGAGAUGCCUCCACAACUACCCGAGGUGUUUCCUCGGAAACCCAACACUUUCAGCAGGGUUCUCUAUCGGCAGGAGACACCAUACUUCCAAUUCCAUCCAGAGCUCAUCAGUCGACCCAAACAGAUUAGCGUUUUUACGGCUGAAUAGUUUGGGUGAGCGUAAAAAAUUAGAAUGGCGGGUUGAUAGAAAGACCAAAAUAUCGAAUUUACAAAAAUUUGAAAAUUUUAUUCGAACAAUUAUCAAAUUUUAGAAAGUCCAAGUAAAGAAUGCAAAACGUAAAAAAUUGAAGUACAGAAAGAUCAAAAUACAAAACGGCAAAAUGUAGAAUCCGUAAAGGAUUGUCUGUUAACAAGACGAAUUCUGACGAUUCUAUAUUUUGGCAUUCUAUAUUCUGACCUUUUUAAUUUUUUGCUUCUC